UGAGGACGCCCUGAAGGCCUUCUCCAGAGCCGCGGUGCACGUAUGGGACGCGGGAUCCGGCCCCGGUCGGCCGGCGACCGGGCAGACCUUUGGGUCAGGCGCGGCGGGCAGGCCUCCGGGGUCCUAUCUUGCAGCGGCGCCGGGGCCCUUCCCUGCGGCGGUCGCCCGGGUGGAAGCGGACGCUGCCGCCAUGUACUACAAAUUCAGCGGCUUCACGCAGAAGCUGGUGGGGGCCUGGGCCUCGGACGCCUACAACCCGCAGGGCCUGAGGCCGGUGGUAUCCAGGGAAGCCCCGCCCAUCAUAUUUGCCACUCCCCCGAAGUUCCCUUCUGCCACCCCUGCCUAUGACUAUGCCGGGAAGAACCAUGUCCCCGAGCUGCAGAGGUUUUUCCAGAAGCCUGAUGGCCUGCCGGUGCACCUGAAGCGGGGCCUGCCAGACCAGAUGCUGUACCGCACCACCAUGGCGCUAACGCUGGGUGGGACCCUUUACUGCCUCGUGGCCCUCUACAUGGCAGCGCAGCCCCGCAACAAGUGACCACACGCUGGACCCUCCCCUGCAUCAUUUCUGUAAAAAGUUUGUAACUUGAAGAAUGCCUGUUGACAUUUGACGAGAGGCACCGGCUGCCCGUUUCUGGAGGUGCAGCCUGUGAGUUCCCCCAGUGCGCCCGCUUUGCCCCUGACGGCCCAAGCUCGAGGGGGUGUGCUCUGGCAGUAGCUCCACCCUGGGCUGAGGGUAGGGGGCCACGUCGAGGUGACAUGUCAGCAGGUGUGGUCGCAGCUGGCUGCCCCAGGCAGUGUCCCUCAGACCAGCACCUGCUCUAUGUCGCCUCUGACAUGCUCACCUGUGCCCUGUAAUGAUGUUAAAUCCUCUAAAUUAUAAUGGAUUUUGAUUGUGGAAUAAACACGAGUGAAAAGGU